AUGGUCGGCUCAUGCCAACACAUCCGUCAGGACCUGGCAGCGUGCGUCCUCAAGACUGACUGCUUCCUGGUCGACAAGCGGAGCGCGCAAGACUGCCUGCAGCACCACAUGGCAGAGCUGCCCAUCGAGUGCCAGCACCUCUACAAGAGCUUCGUCGAGUGCAGGCGCGGCAUGCUCGAUAUGCGCAAGAGGUUCAGAGGAAACGCUCCGCCCGCUGCAUCGGGGAAUACGCCACCCGGCGGCACGAGUACCGUCGAGAGCGGCGUGGCGGAAUGA